ACAACAACUGCACCUCAUGAGAAAAUAAACAGGUUUUAGGAUUUUUUAAAGUAUCUUUAACCAAACUGAAGCAAUGACUUGUAAGUUUCAGCAAUUACUUGUACGUUUUUCCAUAAAUGCCCAUAUAAAUUGGAAACUUUGUUCACUUUCACAUUUUAGUUAACGUAAAUUAACUAAUUAUUAUUACAUUUCAGUGUGAUAUAGCUGUGUCAGCUAAGAUUACAUAAUGGUUGUGAACUUGUAGAAGUUUAUAAAUAUGAUUCAAGAAGUGAUUUAAGACUGUCAAACUGAGCACCAGAUCACUAUUAUUGACUACAUCAUUGGGUUUCUAAAUCCAGGGCAUGUUUUUCACAGAUGUCUUGGUUUCAUCUUGUCUGUAGCGAAGAUGAAGUAUUCAUAUUGCAAUAAUUGGCACAGCUUGUACAAACAGUCACAUUGCCAACCCACAUUUAAAGAUUUAUGAACUCACUAUCGGCUCCUCUCGCCUCUCCGUGUCUGGAUUUGGCAGCAUGGGAGGUGGCAGCCGCAUCAGUGGCAUGAGGGCCGGCAGUGUGUAUGGGGGUGCAGGUGGCUCUGGGGUGCGCAUCUCCAGUUCCAGUGCCUCCAGGUCCUUCUCUGCUGGUGGUGGUGGUGGAUUCGGCUUCGGUGGAGGUGAAGGAGGAGGCUUUGGUGGAGGAGGCAUGGCCAUGUCUGAAGCAGCAGACAACAUUGUCAGCGGGAAGUUCGCCAUGCAGAACCAGAAUAACCGUUUAGCCACCUACCUAGGCAAGGUGGCCACCCUGGAGAAAGCCAACGCUGAUCUGGAGAUGAAGAUCCUCCUGUUUCUGGAGAGUAAGGUGUCUCCGGCUCCAACUGACUUCUCUGCUUUCUAUACUAUCAUUGUUGACCUCCAGGUCAACCUUUUGUUUUGUGUGAUAUAGCAGUAAUGUGUUCAAUGUCCACUGUGUUGUUGGAUUGGGGUUACGUGCACUGAGUUGUUGCUGAUUCGACUUUUGGGUCUGUCGUGGCAGAGACGGACCAUGUUACAUAUAUUUGACUAGACAGCUGAAAAUGCCUUUUUGCCCAUCAAACCCAGAGUUGAUGAUGAUGAGGAAUAUUUCAAUAGAGCAGAUAAUCUAUUGAAAGGGUUCAUAUUACAUCUGAUUGAUUUAUCUUGAAUAUGGGUGUUGGUAAUUAAUGUUGUUGUUCAGACUGAGGCGUAGGUCGUGCCAAGCAACACCACUUAAGAAUGUUCACAAAAUACCACCAUGCCCCCUUGGGCCUUAUUGCUUGUAUAGUCAUAACAAUGACCUUUUCAUUUCCUGGCUGCCAUUCAUCUGAAAGGAACUAUUCUUCUGAGCAUCGGAAAUGCGGGAAUGGCCCAUGAUGACUUC